UUAAACUGGAUCCAAAACCACAGAAGAUGCUGGCACUGUGUCGGAAACCAUCAGGCUUGCAAAUGUAAUUUAAUCACCCCAUGGACAUUGUAACGAUUUUCAUUGGUGGAAGGAGAGGAGGACCAAAAUGCAGCGUGAAGAAAGCCGUGACAGAAUCACCCACCACAACAGGACCAAGCGGGGUGGUGACAGGCAGUGGAAGCAGGAGCAGCGCAAGGAGGAAUGGACAUGGGAUGAUGUAUCGGACGGCAAGGGUUGCUACACAUGGGAGGAGAUCCUGGCGGGAAAGGAUCGCCUUCCAUGGGAACAGGUGGAGGCUGCUUGGAGAGCAGAGGCAGCCGGAGAGAGGAGCCGGCGGUAUGAGGGAACACGGCUGGCAAGGAAGCCCGAGAGGCAGCCCCAAAAAUUUCUUGAGGGGACACAGGAAGUAUGGCGAAGCCAGGUAGGAUACCUGCGCCAACUUCCUGUGCUUACUGGAGGGCGAGAGAGACCGGGCAGGCACCGUGUUAUGCGGUGGAGCACACUGUGUCCCCAGUGCGGGUGCAUAGCCCGGUGCGGUACAUAUCAGCUCCUCGUAUUGGCCGGGCUAGAGUGAGCAUCGAGCCAAGUGCCAUGAAGCCGGCUCUACGCAUCUGGUCUCCAGUGCGUCUCCUUGGGCCGGCUUACAUGGCACCAGCCUUGCGCACGGUGUCCCGGUUCGCCUGCAUAGCCCAGUGCGGGCUAUUCCACCUCGCCGCACUGGCAGGGCGAUCGGGAGCAUUCAACCAGGUAAGGUUGGGCAGGCUCGGUGCUCAAGAGCUCCAGUGCGCCUGCACGGUCCGGUCUAUCCGGUACCACCUCCACGCAUCAGCCCUCCGGUGGCAGCUCCCAGCACUCGCCCUGAGGUGCAUGUCCUCGGCCCAGUACCACCAGUGCCGGCACCACGCACCAGGCCUACAGUGCGCCUCGCCUGUCCGUCGCAGCCGGAGUCUCCCGCCUCUCCGGCGCUGCCAGAGCUUCUGCUGCUCAGUCCAUAGGCGCCAGAGCUCCUCCGUCCAGUGCUGCCGGAGCCUUCCUCCUCUCCAGCGCUGCCGGAGUCUCCAGUCUGCCCAGCGCCGCCUGAGCUGCCCGUCUGCCCAGCGCCAUCAGUCUCCCGUCUGCCCAGCGCCGCCUGAGCUGCCCAGCGCCGCCUGAGCUGCCCAGCGCCGCCUGAGCUGCCCAGCGCCGCCAGUCUGCCCAGCGCCGCCAGUCUGCAAGGAGCUGCCAGUGCCGCCAGUCUGCAAGGAGCCGCCAGUGACCAUAGUUUGCUUUGUAUGUUCUAUGUUUUGUUUGGUCAGGGUGUGAUGUGAGUGGGCAUUCUAUGUUGGAUGUCUUGUUUGUCUGUUUCUGUGUUUGGGCCUGAUAUGGUUCUCAAUCAAAGGCAGGUGUUAGUCGUUGUCUCUGAUUGGAGCCAUAUUUAGGUAGCCUGUUUUGUGUUGGGUUUGUGGGUGAUUGUUCCUGUCUUUGUGUUUGUUACACCAGAUAGGGCUGUUUUGCACGGUUCUUGUUUUUGUGUAUUGUCAUCUUUAUUAAAGAUGUAUCA